UCGCCGGAGAGGCGGUACCGUUGAGGCUUCGGCUGCGCGUGUGCCCUGCUCUGUAACGUAGCAGCAGCAGUCUCGAGCGGGGCUGCGAAGAGGUCGGGUAGUGAGUGAGAGAGUGAGAGAGUGAGAGAGUGAGAGAGGGUGUUUGUUUUUUUUGACAGGUGAAUUAUCGCCGGGCUGGUGGUAUUUAUUUAUUUAUUUAUUUAUUUUUAAUUUUUUUUUGGAAAGCAAAACAAACAAAAACAAAACUGCAUCAGAUGGAAAAAAAUAAGUUGACUCCAACACACAGUUUGUUUUGCUAUUUUCUUCGCUCCCCGGGAAAGGAAAUGAAAACAUGUUUUGGAUUCCCAGUGCGAUGGGAACGGGGGUUGCGGAAAUUGCUGUGUUUUUAGAGAAAACUGCCUGAGUUUAUAUUAUUAUUAUUAAACGACAGUCUCUACAACAACACAGGAGCUCGCCGGCUUUUUUUUUUUUUUGCUAGUGGAUCUACUGCUGGUUUACUUGUGGGCCUUUCCGCUGUCAUCUUUAUCAGUUUUUUUUUUGAGCGAAAAAAAAACAUCACAACACCCCCCCCCAAAAAAAACAUUGACUCCUGUCGUGGAGUGGAGUGGAGCUGAGCUGUUCAUGGAGAGACGGUAGUGUUGGGAGAGGAAGAAGCAGUGAAUUUAAACCUGAUAUGCAGCGAUUCCAUUGACGAAUGCGCCGCUUUCCGUGUGAAAUAUACUAUUACACACCUAUUAGUUUUAUUUGUAUUUGCUGAGGAGGUUGUGGUGGGACAGAUCCGAAGUGAAGUUUAAAUGUGGAGAGGGUAUGACAGAUCCCAAAAUGCGGGAGCUUUAGUAGGGUUGUUGAUCAAACGCUUCUUGUGUGGGGGGAGAGGGUCAUUUCUGUGUCGUCAAAAUUAUUGGUUCGCUUUUUUAUUUUGACGAAAGUACAUUUUAAUCGUGUAUCUGUAGCCCCCCCCCCCCAAAUAAAUAAAUAAAUAAAAAUAGAAAGCAAAAAAAUAAAAUCAAGUAGGUCAGGUGUCUUCUUAGUUAAAGAUGAAAUGCUACUACUAAGUACUGAGUGCUGUUUUAAAUGUGUCGUGUUAAUAGGACAGGUUUCAUGGUUUAAUUUUUUUUUUUUUUUUUUUCUUUUUGUAAUUCUCUGCUGUCCGAUGUGUGGUAGCCAGAUGGCCGUUUGACAACCCCACUCUCCCACCCUUUCGUUUUUGGGUUCUUCGUUCAAUACAAUCAGAAAGGGUGCAUUCUUGUUGUGUGUGUGUGUCUGUGAAUGUCACUUUGCGGAUCAAAUAUGAUGGCUGCAUACAACGGCGGCGCCUCGGCGGUGGCCACGCAUCACCCGCACCAUCACCACCUUCCACACCUCCCUCCACCCCACCUCCACCAUCACCACCCCGGUCAGCACCACCUGCACCCCGGCUCGGCCGCCGCUGUCCACCCGGUGCAGCAACACGCUUCUACUGCGGCUGCAGCAGCGGCCGCCGCAGCUGCUGCAGCUGUCAUGCUAAAUCCAGGCCAACAGCAACCGUACUUCCCAUCGCCGGCCCCGGGUCAGGCUCCCGGUCCCGCAGCGGCAGUCGCCCCGGCUCAGCUGCAGGCUGCAGCGGCCGCCGCUGUGAAGGUGCACCACCAUCACCCACACGCACACCACCUCCAGCAGCAACACCUGGACAUCGAGCCCGACAGACCCAUCGGAUACGGAGCCUUCGGAGUGGUCUGGUCCGUGACGGAUCCCAGGGAUGGAAAGAGGGUUGCCCUUAAAAAGAUGCCCAACGUCUUCCAGAAUCUGGUCUCCUGCAAGAGGGUCUUCCGCGAGCUGAAGAUGCUUUGUUUUUUUAAGCAUGACAAUGUACUCUCUGCACUCGAUAUACUCCAGCCGCCACACGUUGACUACUUUGAAGAAAUCUAUGUCGUCACAGAGCUGAUGCAAAGCGACCUUCAUAAGAUCAUUGUGUCCCCUCAGCCUCUUAGUUCUGACCAUGUCAAAGUUUUUCUGUAUCAGAUUUUAAGAGGACUGAAGUAUCUUCACUCGGCUGGCAUUUUGCAUAGAGACAUAAAACCAGGAAACCUCCUUGUUAACAGCAACUGUGUCCUCAAGAUUUGUGACUUUGGCCUGGCCAGAGUAGAAGAGCUUGAUGAGUCACGUCACAUGACUCAGGAAGUCGUCACUCAGUAUUACAGGGCUCCAGAGAUCCUCAUGGGAAGCCGGCAUUACUCCAACGCCAUUGAUAUCUGGUCUGUUGGCUGCAUCUUCGCAGAGCUGCUGGGGAGGAGAAUACUCUUCCAGGCCCAAAGCCCUAUUCAACAGCUGGAUCUGAUCACAGACCUCCUGGGAUCACCGUCUCUAGAAGCCAUGAGAACAGCAUGUGAAGGGGCCAAGGCUCACAUACUCAGGGGUCCCCACAAACAGCCAUCCCUUCCUGUCCUGUACACUCUGUCGAGCCAGGCGACCCAUGAAGCGGUUCACCUCCUGUGCAGGAUGCUGGUCUUUGAUCCGUCGAAGAGGAUCUCUGCGAAGGACGCCCUGGCUCACCCGUACCUGGACGAGGGCAGGCUGCGCUAUCACACCUGCAUGUGCAAGUGCUGCUACACCACCUCCUCCGGACGCGUCUACACCAGCGACUUCGAGCCCGUCACCAACCCCAAAUUCGACGACGGCUUUGAGAAGAACCUCGCCUCCGUUCGGCAGGUUAAAGAGAUCAUUCACCAGUUCGUCCUGGAGCAGCAGAAAGGAAAUCGAGUGCCCCUUUGUAUCAACCCACAAUCCGCUGCUUUUAAAAGCUUUAUAAGUUCCACAGUGGCUCAGCCCUCUGAGAUGCCCCCAUCCCCUCUGGUUUGGGAAUAACUGUGGACAGACACCUAACUACUGAAGACAAAAACGUAGCAUUUCACUGGAGUCUAGGACUAGCAAUUUUGGAGUUUUUAACAUGUGUGUACUGUAAUUUUACUAAUGAAGUUUUAAAUUAUCAACCACUGCUGAGAAAAAGGAGUAUAUAUUAUUGGUCAGUAAUAAUACUAAAAUAAUUUACGUUUAGGUAGACAACAGUAAAAACACUGAUAGCCAAAAAAAAAAAGUCUACUUGGAACUUUUAUUUAAUUUUUGUUGUAUUACUGAAUAGCUCUUGAUUGAGUGUUUAGAGUUUAUAUAUAUAUAUAUAUAUAUAUAUAUAUAUAUAUAUAUAUAUAUAUAUAUAUAUAUAUAUAUAUAUAUAAAUAAAUUGCACCCCCCUCGGCGCCAGACUGCCACUCAGACACACAGAUAUAUGUAUACAUUGUCAGUUUAACUCCGAGGGUUGCUAGAUAAGAUGGGUGUAUUACUGUGUGGAUUUUUACUGAUGAAGAUGUAGUGCUGGUUUGUGCGAAAGAGAGAAAUUAACAGCUUUUAUUGUCAUCGUAUAUAUAUAUAUAUACUGCAGAAAAGAACCAAACCGAAUGAACUUCUAACUACAGAGUAAGAGGUUUCCCUGAGCCAUGCCUUGAUAUGAUAUACCUGACUCAAGAUAAGGAAACAAGCACACGACCAGUCGUGUUCUGCUUGCUGGCUGUGGCAGAUAGUGGAGUUGGGCGGGUCAGCUGGUAAGGAAAUCCAAGUGGUGGCUUCUCCAGAGACGCGUGCAGGUUUUUUUUAUUUUUUUUUCGGGGAGUGGUUUAAUACAAAUCGAGAGGCUGAUUUGUAGUUAGAAAAUGCUAAAUGUCUGUUAUCUCCCCGACACACGCGCUGCGCCUCCUCGCAAAACAUAACCAAUAUUUUAUUUCAGAAGACUUUGUUUGGUUCCUCCCCCAGUUUUAUUUCUUAUCAUUCUUUGGCAUGUGGCAUCGUGAUCCACAGAAUAUAAUAUGUAAAUAGUUUCAAUAAUGGGUAGAUUUUAAAUAAAAUGAAAGGACAAAAAUCCUUAAACUUUGCUGUAUAGAGGUGAUAUAACCUGCACUUUUUUUUUUUUUUUUAGGGCUGUGAAUUUUUUUGUGAUUUUUAUUAUACUGGAGAAGUGUAAAAAAAAAUGAACGAAACAAAAAACACACACAUGUAAGCAAUUAUGUUAAUUGUGUUUUGUGUCUUUAACAGAGAGCUGUGGAAGUGUUGAAAUGUCACAGUAGUACCAAGGUUUUUGUUUGUCUUUUGUUUUGAAUAUUCUUUUUUUUUAGACGAUUCCUCCUGUUUUAGAAGAACACUGAACUGUAUCUUCUGUGUAUAUGUAUAUAAUGAACUCGUUUGGAAGGCCUCUACCUCCUGGAGUAUAUCACUUGGUUUGUUUACCUCCACUAGUUUUUAUUUUAGUGUGGAGAUUUAAAACUUGAAUGUCCCAACUUUUAUAUUUAAGACAAACAAGAUGUUUUUUUUGUUUCACCUCUAUGAAGAAAUCUAUUGGAUGAUUCAUUCAACCAACCACCACCACCACCCUGCUGUAUUUAAAACAUGAUAACCCAGUCUUGCUCGUGGAUUUAUGACUGCUGUAUUGAGCAAUUAUGAUUGUUCAUCCCUGGUGACCUGAAGCAAAAGUUGGAGAAUUUAAGAACUUUCUUGCAGAGACUUUCAACUUUAAUGAAGUAAAAAAAAAAAAAGAAAGAAAAACAGCGAGACAUCGUGCUUGCCGAGCACUGCAGAC